CCUGGGGGCGCCAGGGAGGAAACCCGCCGGCGGGUCUUCCUGCGAAGUUGCGGGGAGGCGGGGAGGCGGAGCGGCUUCGGGGGGCACUUCCUCGGGAGUCCCGGGGAAGCUGACCCCCCACCCCCCACCCUCGAGGCCACAGGUCCGUUCCCUCCGGGUGACCUGAGGUGGGGUGAGACCGCCUGCGUGCGCCCUUUACUUGCGAAGUUGGCGUCUGUGUGUGGCCUCGGGGAUGCCGGCGCGGCCGCGUCUCCGGGCAGGUGAUGGACAAGCCAGGUGUGCCAGGCGACUCCCAGGGAUGCGCUUGAGGAGCGUUUGUAGCCAUCACUGAAUCACCUUAUGACUAGCGGGGCAAGCCUCAAAUUAACCACAGGAUUUCCGGUGGCGACAGACAAGGUUGCAGAAAAGCUGAGUUCUACUCUCUCAUGGGUGAAGAACACAGUGUCGCAUACAGUCAGUCAGAUGGCCAGUCAGGUGGCAAGUCCAUCGGCUUCAUUACACACUACAUCCUCGUCUACCACACUGUCAACACCAGCCCUUUCACCAUCGUCGCCAUCACAACUGAGUCCAGACGAUUUGGAACUCCUGGCUAAGCUGGAGGAACAAAACAGAUUGUUAGAGACGGACAGUAAGUCUUUAAGAUCUGUAAAUGGGUCAAGAAGAAACAGUGGCUCCUCUCUUGUGUCAAGUUCAUCAGCCUCUAGCAACCUCAGCCACCUUGAGGAAGACUCCUGGAUUCUUUGGGGAAGAAUUGUUAAUGAAUGGGAAGAUGUGCGCAAAAAGAAGGAAAAGCAAGUUAAGGAACUUGUUCGUAAAGGAAUACCCCACCACUUUAGAGCAAUAGUUUGGCAACUUUUAUGCAGUGCACAAAGUAUGCCGAUUAAGGAUCAGUAUUCAGAACUCCUGAAAAUGACCUCACCUUGUGAAAAAUUGAUCCGAAGGGAUAUUGCUAGAACAUAUCCUGAACACAAUUUUUUUAAGGAAAAAGAUAGCCUUGGGCAGGAGGUUUUAUUUAAUGUAAUGAAGGCAUAUUCUUUAGUGGAUCGUGAAGUUGGUUACUGUCAAGGAAGUGCUUUUAUAGUUGGAUUGUUGCUUAUGCAGAUGCCAGAAGAAGAAGCUUUCUGUGUAUUUGUUAAAUUAAUGCAAGACUAUAGACUUCGUGAACUUUUUAAACCAAGUAUGGCAGAAUUGGGCCUUUGUAUGUACCAGUUUGAAUGCAUGAUACAGGAGCAUCUUCCCGAGCUCUUCGUACAUUUUCAGUCUCAGAGUUUUCAUACCUCAAUGUAUGCAUCAUCCUGGUUUCUGACUAUCUUUCUUACCACUUUUCCACUACCAAUUGCAACAAGGAUAUUUGAUAUCUUUAUGUCUGAGGGUUUAGAAAUAGUCUUCCGAGUAGGAUUAGCGCUUCUUCAAAUGAAUCAGGCAGAACUAAUGCAACUUGACAUGGAAGGUAUGUUACAGCACUUUCAGAAGGUCAUUCCACAUCAGUUUGAUGGUGGUCCAGACAAACUCAUCCAAGCAGCUUACCAAGUCAAAUACAACUCAAAAAAAAUGAAAAAGCUUGAAAAGGAAUACACUACAAUAAAAACUAAAGAAAUGGAAGAACAAGUUGAAAUUAAAAGAUUACGCACAGAAAAUAGACUUCUAAAACAGCGUAUUGAAACAUUAGAAAAAGAAAGUGCUUCCUUGGCAGAUAGAUUGAUACAGGGACAAGUGACAAGAGCCCAGGAGGCUGAGGAAAACUACCUCAUAAAACGGGAGCUGGCCACCAUCAAACAGCAGAGUGAUGAGGCCAGUGCUAAACUGGAGCACGCUGAGAGUAUCAUCAGGAAGCUCCAGCAUCAGCAGCAAUGGCAUAAAUGCAGUUCCAACUACAACGAAGAUUUUGUGCUACAGCUAGAGAAGGAAUUGGUCCAAGCUCGACUGAGUGAAGCCGAGUCUCAGUGUGCACUGAAGGAGAUGCAGGAUAAAGUCCUGGAUAUAGAGAAGAGGAACAACUCUCUUCCUGAUGAAAACAACAUUGCAAGACUUCAGGAAGAGCUCAUUGCUGUGAAACUGAGAGAAGCAGAGGCCAUUAUGGGUUUGAAAGAACUCAGACAGCAGGUCAAGGAUUUAGAGGAACACUGGCAGCGGCACUUAGCUCGUACUACUGGGAGAUGGAAAGAGCCACCUAAGAAAAAUGCUGUGAAUGAGUUACAAGAUGAACUGAUGACCAUUCGACUUCGAGAAGCUGAGACACAAGCAGAAAUAAGAGAAAUAAAACAAAGGAUGAUGGAAAUGGAAACACAGAACCAGAUCAAUAGUAACCAUCUUCGAAGAGCAGAACAAGAGGUGACCAGUCUACAGGAGAAGGUGCAGUAUCUUUCUGCACAGAACAAAGGACUGCUUACUCAAUUAAGUGAAGCAAAGCGCAAACAAGCGGAGAUUGAAUGCAAGAAUAAGGAAGAAGUGAUGGCUGUGAGGCUCCGGGAAGCAGAUAGCAUAGCUGCUGUGGCUGAGCUGCGGCAGCACAUUGCUGAGCUGGAAAUCCAGAUGGAGUUAGUGAGAGAGAGAGAGACAGAGAGAAAGGUCUUCCUUCCGUUGGUUCAGCCCCCAAAAUGGCCACCACGGCUGGCGCUGCGCGGAUCCGAAGCCAGGAGCUGGGUGCUUCCUCCUGGUCUCCCAUGUGGGUGCAGGGGCCCAAGCACUUGGGCCAUCUCCACUGCCCUCCUGGGCCACAGCAUUGCUUACAUUUUUAAGAUAAUGGCAUAAUUUUACAGAAAUCAUUUUUAGUUAAAGAAACAAAAAAAAACUGGCUAAAGGUAUUCCAAGAUAUUAAUCUUGAUUCUGAGAGGUGGAAAUAGAAAUAAUUGCUAUUCUCUUUACAUCUUUUUGUUUCAGUUAAAAGCAUUCUUCCUAGUUUUUUCUCCUCGGACAUUUAAAUUUUCUGUUCAAAAGAUGAAUUCCAUUCAUAAGCUAAAAGUAAUGCAUGUUUAUUGGAAAGAUAUGUACAGAGCAUAAUGACAUUAUAGUAAUAACUGUUAGUCACAACCAAGUCAAACCAUUUCAUUGAAAUUCCUAAUAAAUUAAUUUGAUGGUCUGACUUAUUUAUCUGAAAUGUGUAAAGUUGCAUUGAUAUCUUUUGUAUAGGCUGUCUUUUGUUGAUCUGCUUUAUUCUUUGUACCUUAACUUCAUAUUAAAAGGGAAUACUGAAUUCAUAAUCAAUUAUAAUUUGGUUUUCCAAACAGAACUUCUUCCGUACUUAGAUAAUAAUAUUCAAAUACUCUUAUAAUAGUCUAACUAAUUGAUAAAAAUGUUGGCUGGCAAAGUCAGUUGCACAUGGAUCCUUCAAGCACGGGAAGAAAGAGUAAUUUGUUUAUCAAUAAGAUGAAUAUCAGUUUGUAGAAGCCAUCUGGUUAUCUGAUGUUAAAGAGAGUACAUGAGAAGCUUUGGCAGCUAUCAGCUGUACUUGCCAGCUUUGGCUUGCUGUCAUUCUUUACAGAGGGCCCAGGAGAAAAUACAUGAAUAACAAAUAAGUAAAAGCAUUAUUUUUUAAAAAAAGCAGAUUUAGUACAUAUCCUGCUGCAGUCUAUCGCAUAUCAGAGGCAUAGUUUAUAUUGGAGGAGUAUGUAAUGAUACAGGGAGUAUGGCUUCUACCCCUUGCUUUUGCCAGACUAGCCACAUGGUUGUUGAUCCUCUAGUACUGUUGAGGCUAGGCUAUACAUAAUUCGAGCCACUUAGGAGAACAGUCCUAGGUAAAGGAAUCAUGCCAAAAAAUAAAUUAUUAUUACUUUGUAACAAGAAGGUUUUUACUUUUUCAGUGUGGAGGGCAUCUUGCUAAAAGAAAAGAAGUGAGGUUAAGAAUACAAAGUAUGGGAGCCAGUGCCGUGGCUCAGUUGGCUAAUCCUCCACCUGCGGCACCAGCACCCCGGGUUCUAGUCCCGGUUGCUCCUCUUCCAGGCCAGCUCUCUGCUGUGGCCCUGGAGGGCAGUGGAGGAUGGCUCAAGUGCUUAGGUCCCUGCACCCCCAUGGGAGACCAGGAGGAAGUACCUGGCUCCUGGCUUUGGAUUGGCACAGCGUUGGCUGUGGCAGCCACUGGGGAGUGAACCUACAGAAGGAAGACCUUUCUCUCUGUCUCUCACUGUCUAUAACUCUCUUUCUCUGUCUCUCUCUGUCUAACUCUGCCUGGCAAAAAAAAAAAAAAAAAAAAGAAAAGAAAAGAAAAAAGACAAAGUAUGAAAGUCCUAAGUCUAGUUUAUGCCAAAUCUUCUCUUUCUUAGAGGUGUUUCUGGUGAGUAACCAUGUAAAUAUAAUAGUCAUUGUGUUGAGAGAAGAAGAUCUAGAGAAAUAACCGUGGUGGGUAGUAGAAUGACAAAAAGAUGAAAUGAUGUUUACAUGGAUCUAGAAAGACCUUUUGGAACUAAUUUUUCAAAUGUUUUGAUAUCCAGUGCACACACUGCCCAAAGGGCCCAUCAGGAUCUUACCCUGGCCUAAUGUAAUAGAGUUUAUCAUCAGUAAAUAGAAUAUAUCACCAUAUUGUUUUGCUUUAUAGAGAAAAGAUAAAAAGAUCUUUUACACUAUGAAAGCACUUAUUUGGAGUUUAACCCUAUAGUACCCAAAAAUAAACAAACAGAAAUAAGCUUUCACGAUAAACUCCCUUGGCAUGGAAUAAGAAGAUAAUAAAGUAUUAACAAUACCACCCUCCAGAAAUGAAUCACAUUUUCUUCAGUUAUAGAAUUCUCCAGCUGUGUGAACACUGUCUCAGUGAGAAAGAUGGAGUUCACUCAGUGACUAUUUGAUGCUUACCUUUUAUGGCAAGUCUUCCUUUUCUUAGAGGCUUUUUAUUUUUUUAGUAUCUAACCCAGUGCCUUUCCCAGAAUUUAAACUUCUUCUUUUUUUUUUUUUUUUUAACAGGCAGAGUGGACAGUGAGAGAGAGAGACAGAGAGAAAGGUCUUCCUUUUGCCGUUGGUUCACCCUCCAAUGGCUGCCGUGGCUGGGGCACCGCGCUGAUCCGAUGGCAGGAGCCAGGUGCUUCUCCUGGUCUCCCAUGGGGUGCAGGGCCCAAGCACUUGGGCCAUCCUCCACUACACUCCCUGGCCACAGCAGAGAGCUGGCCUGGAAGAGGGGCAACCGGGACUAGAACCCGGUAUGCCGGCGCCGCAAGGCGGAGGAUUAGCCUAGUGAGCCGCGGCGCCAGCUAAACUUCUUAACCUAAUCAAUAUAGUAUGUUUUUACGAAGAGACAAAUGACAAAAAAUAACAGACAGAGAGACAUUGGUGUUUAAGGUGAUAUCAGAUAGGGAGAGUUCUUUGGAACUACUCAGGUUUGAAAAGUUAAACCUAUGGGUGUGUCUCCUGAUAGGAGGCAAAAAAAAAUCAUAAUCAUCAAUAUUUGUUGCCUUUUAUCAAAUGUAUGUAAUAAAAUACAUAUUUACCCAUGUUAUAUAUGAAAUAUUAUCUUCUAGGCUAUUGUAGGUUUUUGGAGUCUUUGGCUUUAGAUAUUUAAGUUUCUGUGCCCAUGUCGUCUAUACUUACUCCCUUGAUCAAAUUAACCAUUGAACAUUGUAUUAGUUUAUACUGUUGUCUACUUGGUCUGAAAAAGGGAAUAAAAACUAUACUUUAUUUGGAAUUUUUUAGGAAUGGGAAAUUUCUUUGUUUCAGUUUGCAUAUUACAGAGACUAUAGCUCAGGACUCUUCAUAGAAAGUAAUAGUGUCAUGAAAAUAAAAAUUACAGAGGAACCAGUGUAGGUUAAAGAGAUACUCAUGGGCAAAUGUAACCAUGAGCUUUGACUUGAUUCUAGACAGUAAUAAAACACUAUGGGUCCUUGUAGGGAAACUUGAAUAUGUUCAAAUUUGAAUAUAUGUUCAAGCGAUAUUAUAGAGUAACUGUUAAUUGUGGUGUUAUAAUGGCAUUGGAUCAUGUAAAGACAGUUCCUUGUUCUUCAAAGAUGUGAGCUGAAGUAUAUAGUAGUGCAAUGUCACAAUACCUGUAACUUACACUUAAAUGGUUCAGAAAAAAUCUGUACAUGCACGUAUAUACAUAUACAGAAAGAAUGAAAGCCAGUAUGGCAGAAAUGGUAAUUGAUGGGUAUAGCUGAAAGGCAUAUGGUGUCAUUGUACUGUUAUUUCAGCUCUUCUUUAGAUUGAAGUCUAAAAGUCAGUCUGCUAUCUUUCUAAGGAAGUGUCCUUCCUGUGGCAAGAUAGAGUAGGUUAUAACCAACAUUGAAAACACAGAUAAAGAAGCAAACAGGAAUGGACUGUUAGGCAUAUCCAUUACGACUUCUCUUUAAAAUGAGCCUGAACAAAUUUGUACAUUUAAACGAGCCUGGGAUCCUUGUCUUUUCUUUCUCACCGCCCAAUAUUUUUUAAAGUUAUUUACUACUAAACCACAUCCUUCUCCCAAACACUUGUUCAAAGCAGCUUAAAAUGGUACUCAUUUCAGGUUUGCUGCACUUUAACAUACAAGAGAUGUUGACAUGUUUUUUAGAACCAUACAGAAAACUUUUCCCGUUGUCUCUUUAAUCUUCUAGCUUGAUGCAAGACUACAUUUAGUUGUUCAACUUUUAUUUAUUUGAGAAUUAGAAACAAGGAGACAGAGAACUUCCAUCUGCUGGUUUAUUCCCCAAAUGCCUACCAUGGCCAAAGCCAGGAGCUAGGAACUCACUACAGGAAUCCCACUUACAUGUCAGGAGUCCUGUUAGUGGAGCCGUCGCUGCUGCCUCCCAAGGUCUGUGUUAGCAGGAAGCUGCAGUCAGGACCAGAUCCAGAUAAUUGGACCCAGGUACUCAGAUACUGGAUUCGAGAAUCUUAACCACUAUGUUAAAUGCCUGUUCCUGUUCAACUUUUUAAAUAGUAUGUUCAAGUGCAGUGGAUGUGCACAAAGGACCUCUGAAUAAAAUGUCUACUUUCUACCGUGACCAUAUACACACUGCACAAAUACAUACUCACUUUUUAUUUCCUAUGGACCAUAGCAUUUGUUGACUUUUUAAUAAAACUAUAACAGAGUAUGUGACACAUCCUGAGAACAUUCCCUCUCUUCCCCAUCUUUCCGCUAAUUAUAGUUGUCUGGGCGCAGGAAUAACAACAGGGGAAUGUGUAUGCCUCAGGUUAACAGGUCAUCCCAGUAGUUGAACCUCAAAAUCACAGCUCUUACUCCAGUGUUCCUCUAUAUACAUUUAUGUGUUAAAGUACUAAACAGCUUUUUAAAAUGUCAGCUUGUUACAUAAUAGUUUGAUGAGAGAUUUGGAGUCAUUAUUUCCCCUAAUGCUAUUUCUCCUUCAGAAAUAUUGAUGCUUUUUAAAUAUUAAAAAAUUAUUUUGCUUAUCUCCAAUUUUUUUUCUUUAUUCUUUAGAGCAGUUAUCUUAAUUUUUAGUCAUAGUCAUCAUAUGUGUGGAAUUCUUUUAUAUCCUAAACAUCGUAUUUAGUUACUCUUCAUCCAUUACUAAAAUUUAAGGUAAUAUUUUCUGUUUGAGAGCUGGGUUAACCAAGAAAGAAAUUUGAGUUCAAAAUUGAACCAGUGUCAGCAGACAAGGAACUGACCAGCUGAAACUAACAUGGAAAUAAUGUGAAGUGAAACUGAUAGCAGAAUUGAAAGAAAUAUUAAUUUAAGGGCCCUUGACAGUUUCCCUCUAUUUUUGUUCUUAAAUAUAUCCACUCAGCAGAUGUAGGACCUGUUAAUAAAUUUAUGAGUCUUGGUCAUUUACCAUGGUGGUAGUAACUUGAAGAAAUAUUUAUCUCUUUGUUACAUAUAAUAUACUAAAAUCUAUAAUAAGAAUAAAUGUGGAAUGUAUUAUUUCAGGUCCUUAGAAGAUAGGAUGAGAUAUUUUAUUAUUGACAUCUAUACAUAGUUUUUAAUUUGUGUUAGAAAUAGUUCUUUCCCAAAGGUGGUUUAUACCAGUGCUUUUCAGACACAAGUCUGCACACUGAUUGUGUGAAGACCACCCCAUCUGUAGUUUUCAAGCCACAUUCCAACUGCUUAGAAUUUAUAUAAGUGUUCCUUUAAUCCACAUGUUUAUAAAAUUCUCAGUCAUAUUUUUUAUAAUCAUCUUUGGGAAUCAUUGGUUUAAAUAUCUCCUAGAGAAUGUUGUUAUUUAUGUUACCAUAUUCAUUUACUUAGCCAUGUCUUUAAAAAAAUUUUUUUUUUAUCCAGUGGUACGGUUUUACUGCAGGUAACAGAAAAUCCAUUUCAAACUGACUUAAGUGGCCAGAGCCGUGGCUCACUAGGCUAAUCCUCUGCCUGCAGCGCCGGCACUCCAGGUUCUUGUCCCAGUUGGGGCGCUGGUUCUGUCCCGGUUGCUCCUCUUCCAGUCCAGCUUUGUGCUGUGGCCCGGGAGUGCAGUGGAGGAUGGCCCAAGUCCUUGGGCCCUGCACCCGCAUGGGAGACCAGGAGGAAGCACCUGGCUCCUGGCUUCGGAUCAGUGCAGUGCGCCGGCCGUAGUGGCCAUUUGGGGAGUGAACCAACAGAAGGAAGACCUUUCUCUUUGUCUCUCUCUCUCUCUCUCUCUCUCUCUCUCUCUGUCUAACUCUGCCUGUCAAAAAAAAAACUGACAUAAGUAAUAAAAGCAAUUUAUUGGGUCAUGUAACUAAAAAGUCUAGAAGUGGACUAUACACAGGAGAAGUUGGAUUUGGCUCCAGCUUGCAGUUAACUGUGAUUCUGAAGGCUCUGCCUUGUUUUUCUUCUCUGUUCUCAGGAGGUUGUCCUCAUUGUGUUAAAAUGGCUAAUGGGUGAGCUUUAUGUUCAUAUACAAGUUGAGCAUCUCUUACCUGGAGUGCUGAGACCAGAAAUGUUUUAGAUUCAGAUUUUAGAAUAUUUUCAUGUACGUAAUGAUAUAUCUGGAGGAUGGUAUCAAAAUCAAAAUAUGAAAUUCCUUUAUGUUUCAUGUGUACCUUACAGAGUCUGAAGGUACUUAUUUAUAUCCAAUAAUUUCAGCAUACCUCUGUUUGACUACUACCCAUCACAUGAGUUAGGUGUAGAUUUUGGAGCAAUUUGGAUUUCGAGUUUUCAUAGGAACACCUAACCUGUAUCAUGAUGUCUAGAAUAAGAUUCUAUGGUCCAGGGCCGGCGCCGCGGCUCACUAGGCUAAUCCUCCGCCUAGCGGCGCCGGCACACCGGGUUCUAGUCCCGGUCGGGGCGCCGGAUUCUAUCCCGGUUGCCCCUCUUCCAGGCCAGCCCUCUGCUGUGGCCAGGGAGUGCAGUGGAGGAUGGCCCAGGUGCUUGGGCCCUGCACCCCAUGGGAGACCAGGAAAAGCACCUGGCUCCUGGCUCCUGCCAUCGAAUCAGCGCGGUGCGCGCCGGCCGCGGCGGCCAUUGGAGGGUGAACCAACGGCAAAAGGAAGACCUUUCUCUCUGUCUCUCUCUCUCACUGUCCACUCUGCCUGUCAAAAAAAAAAAAAAAAGAUUCUAUGGUCCAUAAUUUCCAGCAGAAGUUUUGAAAGCCACACUACUUGAGCAAUCACUGAACCAAUUACUGUGCAAAAGUAUGAUUAUCCUGUCUGUUUUAGACCUUGCCUAUCAGGUCCUAACUAUGGGGUUAGAUAGGCAUAAUUCCAGUGCUAUUGCGAGUACAUAAUAAGAGAAAGGAUUUUGAGGUAAUAACCACAGAAUCUACCACAAAAUUUUAUAGAUAUAACCUAUAACUCAGCUGACUCUUUUAAAAAUUCUAUUUUACUGAAGGUCUAUAUGAUUUAGUCGUACAGGUUGAGCAUCUCUAAUCUGAAAAUCUACAAUCUGAAAUGCUUCAAAAUUUUAAAGAUAGUCAUGACUCUGCAAGUGGAAGAUUCCACACUUGACCUCACCUCUGACCCUAAGCAUUUCGGAUAAGGGGUACUCAAGCUGUAUUACUUUCCAGUUUAAGUUGCCAGUAAUAUGUGUAGAGAGUAGUAUCCAUUACCAGAACAAAAGGUAGAUUUUAAGUGAAAAAUCAUUAAUGUUUGGGAGAUACAUUUCUUUCCAUAUAUGCAAAAUGAAGUACAGUGUGAACCCAUGCUUGCUUCCCAGCAAAUGGUGGGGAUAAUGAGGUUAUUAAGUUAUUUUUAUUGUGUUUCCUCCUGGUAUUUUACUAUUAAAAAUUUCGAACAUACAGAAGUUGAAAAAAUUGUUCAGUGACCACUCAUAAGUCUGCAGCCUACAUUCUAUUAAUAUUUUGAUGUGCUUGCUUCUCCAUUUCUUUAUCCACUCUUUCUUCUUUGAUACAUUUCAAAGUAACUUACUUUGCUGUACUUCACUCCUAAACAUUUAAACAUGCAUAUUAUUAACUGAGUUACUGAUGACCUUUUGGUUAAGAAUCUCAUGUACAAAGCUCUCUGGCUUAGGACUCUAAUGUGAAUCAGAUUAUUGCAGAAAACAGUACUGAUUGCUAAAAUAAUUAUUCAAAGAUGUGAUUUUGUACCUUUCACGAAUGUCACUUUACACUCUCAAUAUAGUUUUUAUUUGUGGUGUGAUAAAAGGUAUAAAUUUAAACUCUUUACAAUGAAAGUGCAGUAGAAUACCAAUAUUUUUUUAUAUAUUGGGCCUCUUUAAGUUUGUUACUUACCUAAUUAGUUUUACUUAGGAAACCAGUUAACUGGCAAUCUGUUGUUAUCAGCUAGACCAAAAGAAAACCUCAAGAAAAUGCAGGAUCUUAGUAAAUUUAUUAGUGUAGCUGACAUUUUCCCACCUGCUUAUCAGAAACAAACAUAUGGACACUGUUUGAAAAUAGAAAGCUAUAAAAAUACUUCUAGAAAAAUCUUAACCAUUGGAUAGCUAAAAGAACUAUCUCAGACAACCACUUCUUAGAGUAUAGUAGUACGUUGUAAUGUGUUUUGGUGUUGUAAAAAUAUGGUUACUCAGUUUUUACAUUUAAAGAGCAUCCUAAAAGGCUUUGAACUAACAUUUAAAUAAGAACCUAUUAGCAGAACAUAAAGAAAUCAAAGAUUUUUAGAUAAAAAGUCAUUCAUACUUAAUUAAAUAGCAGUUAGGACCUCUCUCACUUUUCACUUUUAUUUUUGAAAUACCAGCUGUAUUCCCUAGGGCAGUUGUUAAACCAGGACAUCCAGAGCAGAGCUUCCUAACUUGUGUGUCUGUCACACUGGCAUGCCACUAAUGGGUACGCUGUGAUAGUAGCUGUCUCAUCCUGGGGUCUUUGUCAAAGCCUGGCUGGUUGACCCAGUAGGCGUUGAAAACUGUUACCCAUUUUUUGUGUAUGUUUGUGUUGUCUUCACAGAAACAGUUGGUUCUUAGGAUCUCAGAGCCCAACUUCUUGAAUAUCAAAGUUUUCCAGAAGAAAACCCAACAUUAAGCUUUGUGGUUACCAUGAAGUCUGAAAGGGACAAAUAUAUACAAUAGGACUCGAUAUGUGAAGUUUUUUUAUGUUUUGUCUCAUUUUCUAUAAUGAAAAGUAGAUCAAGGAACACAUUUUUUUUAAGUUAUAAAAUCCAGGAAGGCUUCUUAGAUUUUCACAAGCGUCUUUCCAGAGUGGUUUUUGUUGUUUAAAACAUUCCACCCUCUUAUUGUAAAGUUUUUUAGCUACCCUGUUUUGCUUUGUUUACUGUCUUUCCACCAAAGAAAUCAAGUGCUAUAACAAAAUUUUCAGCUAAGUACUAUAAGUACUAUAAGACCCACCUUUGGAGCAAACAGAUCUUUGGAGUCCCUUGGUUGCUUUUUGUAAAGCAAGAUUUAAUGAUUCCUGUUUUGCUGGAAUUUUGUUUGAAGAUUUGUUUAUUUAUUUGAAAGGCAAAGUUACAGAGAGGCAGAGGCAGAGAGAGAGAAGUGGUGGAGGGGGAGGACCUUCUAUCCACUGUUUCACUCUCCAAAUGGCUGCAACGGCCAGAGCUGGGCCAAUUCUAAGCCAGGAGCUUCUUCCGAGUUUCCCACAUGGGUGCAGGGCCCAAGCACUUGGGCCAUCUUCUACUGCUUUCCCAGGCUAUAGGAGAGAGCUGGAUUGGAAAUGGAACAGCCAGGUCUUGCAGAGAGUUGGUAUGAAUUACUGUUCCUGCCCAUUCUAUAGCCUUUCUUUUUUUUUUUUUUUUAAGAUUUUGUUUAUUUAUUUGAGAGAGAGAAUUACAGACAGUGAGGGGGAGACAGAGAGAAAGGUCUUCCGUCCGUUGGUUCACUCCCCAAAUGGCUGCAACAGCCAGAGCUGCGCCAGUCCAAAACCAGGAGCCAGGAGCUUCUUCUGGUCUCCCACAUGGGUGCAGGGGCCCAAGGACUUGUGCUAUCUUCUACUGCUUUUCCAGGCCAUAGCAGAGAGCUGGAUUGGAAGAGGAGCAGCUGGGACUAGAACUGGUGCCCACAUGGGAGGCCGGCGCCGCAGGCAGAGGAUUAACCUACUGCACCACUGCACUGCCCCCUCUAUAGUCUUUCAAACCUAAAGUCUUUUCUGCAUUCUUGAACUUUUCUCACAAUGUUAAUGGUUGCCUUGGGCUUUGUCAUCUUGCUUGCCUUAGAUUUUUCUGCUGUCCCACAUGAUAUUAUUGUUGUGGGAUGUCCAAAGUCCACAAGAACUUUGCCUUCAUUUAAAACUACUUGUCUCCAAGUCUGACUCCAAAUUGCAAACAUUUAGUCUUUCCGUCUCAUCUAGAAGGAUUUCUUCCUAGUGGUGGACUUUGCUUUUCAUUUAAUCAAACAAGCAAGUGAACAUGAUUCCAAAACUAGCCACACACACACACACACACCUCCAAAAAGAACAGCUAAUCCUAUGUAUCCAAAGGGGUGAUUCUUAUCAAAUAGUGCUCUUUGGAAGCUUAUUUGCUGCCACCACUUCCCAUGUCAUGUAUGGGAUGAGAAUAAUGGUUUUGUUUAUUUUAUAUCAGUGAACAUUCUCCCUCCUUCUGUUUUGUCUCCUUCCUGCAGUCUUUCUUCCUGUUAUACUCACCCACUCCCCUCUGCUUGACAUCAUUGUUUUCCACUUUAUGGAGAUGCAGCACUGAGGUGCAGUAAGUCUAGAGUCAAUCAAAAUCUUGGGAUGAAGCAGUCAUGAAUAUGACUGGAUUGGAGCCGUGAGCUCCUUCAUCUUCUUGUAUAAUGCUUUUGAUCUGUGACUUUAAAAUGUUUCCAUUAAAAUGAUCUCACUCUCAAAAAAAAAAAAGUGUCAUGAUUAAAAAUAAGAUCCAGGGGCUGGUGCUGUGGUGUAGCAGGUAAAGCCGUUGCCUGCUGUGCUGGCGUCCCAUAUGGGUGCCAGUUCAAGUCCCGGCUUCUCCACUUCUGAUCCAGCUCUCUGCUGUGGCCUGUGAAAGCAGUAGAAGAUGGCCCAAGUCUUUAGGCCCUUGCAUCCACGUGGGAGACCUGGAAGAAGCUCCUGGCUCCUGGCUUCAGAUCAGCUCAGCUCUGGCCAUUGGCCAUUGUGGUCAUUUGGGGAAUGAACUAGUGGAAGAAAGACUUCUCUCUCCCUCUGCCUCUCUGUAACUCUGCCUUUCAAAUAAAUAAAUAAAUAUUAAAAAAUAAGAUCCAGACAUAAGACAUACGUACGAGUGUGUUAGCUCUAAUUGUAAGGCCAUAAAUGCUAUGUAGGGCUGUAACUUUCAUCUUUAGUUAUUUAUUGCAGUUUACAUUUAAAACAGCAGAUACCAAAAUAAAUAUUUAAAUAAAGAAAGACUUUUGUACCAAAUCCAGGCUAAUUUACUCAGUCCUUCCCAUGAAUCUCCAUAUAUACUUGUCUGCUUCAUUGUUUCUCCUGAUCAGAAUGCUGUAAAUUAGGGUAAAAGUUUCUUUGUGACUCUUAGGCAGCCAGUUCAUUCAGUCUUUUUUAAAAAAAAAUUUUUUUUUAAUUUAUUUGAAAGGCAAAGUUAGAGGGAGAGAGAGUCAGAGAAAUCUUCCAUCCACUGGUUCACUCCCCAAAUGGUGACAGUGGUUGGGGCUGGGCCAGUCCAAAGCCAGGAGUCAGGUGCUUCCUCUGGGUCUCCCACAUAAAUACAGGGGCCUGACUUGGGCCAUCAUCCACUGCUUUCUGAGGCACAUUAUCAUGGAGCUGGAUUGGAAGAAGAGCAGCCUGGACUUGAACCGGUCCAGGGCUGAGAAUGCUGGCAUUGCAGGAGGCAGCUUUACCUGCUGUGCUACAACACCGACCCCUUCAUUCGGUCUUUAAGUUUCCUCAUCUGUGAAAUAGGAGCAUCGAUAGUAUCUUGCACAGGGUUAUUGCCAUGAUUGCAUGUGAAGAGCUUAGAACAAUUCCUGGCACAUUCUAAGUGCCAAUCUCUCUCCACCAGAGCCCUAUAGAAAAUUAAACGCUACAGAAAAAACAUUUUGAAUGAGUUCUUGCAAGGAUGGUCCAUAGUACCACUCUAGUUGCAUAGGAAUAAAAUUAAAUCACAUGCAGUGACAUGGUAGUCUUCAGGACUGAAUCCCUUUGGGGAACCUGAAAUGAGAAAGUCUGCUAUGUGUUCAAUAAAUAGUAACCAUUAUUGUUUUAUUUCCAAGUGACAGAAAUCCAUGUUCAAACUGGAUUUAAUAAUAAAGGUAUUUGAUUGUUUUGUGUAAAUGAAAAAGCAGAGAAGAUUUCACAGAUGGUUUGAUUAGUUUUCUGGACUUGGUAUCUUUGCUGUUUUGUUGGUUCUGACUUUUCUCUGGCCAUUGGAUCAAACUAACAUUUCAACCAAAUUUUUAAAGGAAGGAUUUUUUUUCUUAAAUUUGGCUUAUGGCUACAAAUCAUAAGGUAUCUUGUGUAUCUAAGUUUUGGAUUAUAGUAAUUAUUAAGUAAGACAGUUGUUUGCUUAUGUUGUAUCUGAUAUUCUUGUGUUUAAAUAUAUAAGAAAACAUUUUAAAGCCUGUAGAAGGUAUAAUUUUGCUUUCGCAGUUGUACAAAUAUUAGUUAGAAGUAAGGCCAUUUUCCAAUUAGAGGCUUUUAAGACAGAUUGCCAAGAGAAAAAUAAACAAAACAAAAGGGAGAGGAGUUAGAGGAAUAACUUGAUGAAAAUGUUUGGAGAACAGAUUACAAGUAGUUGGGGAUGCAGUUGAAGUAGCAAGGGCCACGAGUGUAGAACAGUACUCUGAAGUGUAGCUACCCGUUCAGUUGCUGAAGCAGUCCUAUCUCGUCUUACUUCCUGCCGAAGAUGUUGGGGGAAAGUAUGUAGAGAAAGAGCAGGGUGGAGUUGGCUGAAGGAUGCCCAAGGGCCUUGCAUACUGUGAUUUGAAAACCAGCAAUAGGAAUCUCCACAUUGGAAAAUGCUAUAACCCAUUUUUUAAAAAAGAUUUAUUGGGGCCAGCACUAUAUUCUGGUAUCAGGCGCUAUUCAGUAUUUUCCAUAGAUGUCUCUGGACCAGAGCUUCUUAAAAUGCUAAGCAUCAACAGAUGGCUCCCUAAUUUUAAGUUACCAAAGACAGUUCUGGUUUUACUCUUUCAUAAGCCCUUUAUCCAAAAAGUUCAUGUUUGUUUUCAGGUGAUGUAAAACAAAAAGGAGGCCGGCACCCUGGCUCACUUGGCUAAUCCUCCACCUGCGGCGCUGGCACCCCAGGUUCUAGUCCUGGUUGGGGCGCCGGGUACUAGUCCCGGUUGCUCCUCUUCCAGUCCAGCUCUCUGCUGUGGCCUGGGAGGGCAGAGGAAAAUGGCCCAAGUGCUUGGGUCCCUGCAUCCGCAUGAGAGACCAGGAGGAAGUACACGGCUCCUGGCUUUGGAUCAGCGCAGCGCCGGCCGUAGUAGCCAUUAGGGGAGUGAACCAAUGGAAGGAAGACCUUUCUCUCUGUCUCUCUCUCAUUGUCUGUAACUCUCUGUCUCUCUCUCUCACUGUCUAACUCUGCCUGGCAAAAAAAUUUUUAAAAAAAGGCAAAAAAAAAAAAAAAAAACACAAAAAAACAAAAACAAAAA